GAUGCAACAGUUACCAUCAUCCCUGCCCUCAUUGAAUUACUGAACAUAUCCGAGUUAUUUAAGGCAGAGAGAUGUCUGUCCUGGAGGGCUCUCGUUGCUCAGGCCAUUAUUCAUACUCACUGAAGUGGGAUUCAUAUUCUCUGGACACCGGUCAAUGAAGUUUUCGUCCGUCGGUAAGCUCCGACGAGUCUCUUAUCUGUAUACCGAACGUUGAUUGAACUUCGACCCAUCUCUGUCUGGUUUUCAUAUAUCGAGUGUCGGCCUCCUGUUUGAUAUAGUCAAUCUCGAGGCGAUAUAUUGCUGUCCGGGUGUGAAUCUUCCGGUGCUUGGUUGAUCGCGUGCGGAGUUAGGUUGUCGCCACCUUAUAUCCGCAUCGGCGCAACAGCUCGUUUGGAUUAUUCGCAGUCGAAUUCUUUGAGGCAGAACUUUCUGGGGUGAUAAGCGUUACAAUAUGGUGGGAGUCACAAGCUGUGAAGAAGAAAUACUGGAGUAUGGAAUGGGAUACUCGGAGAAUGUGGACACAAUCCGAGAGCGAGAGUAUCCGCAGCUCAAAGAUACGACAUAUUUGGAUCAUGCAGGAACCACGUUAUAUGCCAAAUCACUGAUCGAGUCCUUCUCUCGAGAGUUGACUUCGAACCUGUUCGGAAAUCCCCAUUCCUUGUCCGCCUCCUCCCAGCUGUCCACACAGCGCGUGGAUGACGUGCGUCUUCGAGCCCUUCGCUUCUUCAAAGCAGACCCGGAAGAGUUUGAUCUUGUAUUUGUGGCCAAUGCCACCGCGGCGAUCAAGUUGGUUGCGGAUGGAAUGAGGGAUUCGACACGGCAGGGAUUCUGGUAUGGGUACCAUGUGGACGCUCAUACGAGUCUCGUUGGUGUACGAGAACUCGCAGAGAAGGGAGGUCGGUGCUUCACCUCCGAUGACGAGGUCGAAGCUUGGAUCUCAAGGUUGAGUGAUGUCCGGCUCGAGUCGCUUAAGUUGUUUGCCUAUCCUGCGCAGUCGAAUAUGAAUGGUCGCCGUCUGCCAUUGUCAUGGUGCAAGAGGAUCAGAAAUCAGGGGGCGACUGCCGGCGGAAACGUUUAUACUCUUCUUGACGCGGCGUCUUUGGUUUCGACCUCGCCUCUCGAUUUGAGUGAUGCAUCCGCCGCGCCGGACUUCACCGUUUUAAGUUUUUACAAGAUCUUUGGUUUUCCAGAUCUUGGUGCGUUGAUCGUCCGCAAGAGUGCUGGACAGAUCUUUGAGCACCGCAAGUAUUUCGGAGGAGGCACUGUGGAUAUGGUCCUGACACGUGGGUUGCAAUGGCAUGCGAAAAAGCAAUCUUCUAUACAUGAUCGGCUGGAGGACGGCACCCUCCCGUUUCACGAUAUCAUUGCCCUCGACUCGGCGUUUGCAACUCAUGAGCGUCUCUUCGGCUCGAUGCAAAAUAUCUCGUCUCAUACCCGCUUUCUUGCAAAGCGCCUGUAUGACCGACUAAACGCCUUGAGACACUUCAACGGGCAGAGAGUCUGCGAGCUUUAUAAGUCUCCACUAUCAGACUACAACCGGCCCUCCACACAAGGCCCUAUCAUUGCGUUCAACCUCCGCAACGGCCAAGGGUCAUGGAUCGGAAAGUCUGAAGUUGAGAGACUUGCAGCAAUGAAAAACAUCCAAAUUAGAUCCGGCUCCCUGUGCAACCCGGGAGGCACAUCGGGGAGCCUUGGGUGGACGGGAGCUGACUUGCUCCAACAAUUUUCAGCUGGUCUGCGUUGUGGAGAUGACCACGAUGUCAUGGACGGCCGGCCGACUGGCGUCUUAAGGCUCAGCCUUGGAGCGAUGACUAACUUGGAGGACAUCGAUACCUUUGUCGAGUUUGUCGAGGAGUUUUAUGUCGAGAAAGUGCCAAUUGUGGACUCUCUGGUUACACCAGUACACAGUGUGCCACUUCAGCAACCCCGCUUCUAUAUCGAAAGCCUGUCUCUUUAUCCGCUCAAGAGCUGCGGACCAUUCAGAGUUCCUGAUGGAAGACGCUGGGAGGUCAGAAGGGAGGGGCUGGCUUGGGACCGAGAAUGGUGUCUUAUCCACCAGGGUACUGGUGCUGCCUUGAACCAGAAGAAGUAUCCUCGUAUGGCUCUCAUUCGACCUUCUAUCGACCUUGACCGCAAUGUGCUGCGUGUCACUUGCGGGGAGCCGGGUUCAACUGAUCAGAAGCUCCUGGAAGUGUCUCUCCUGCGUGAGGACACAGAAUUGGCCACGACCUCCCUUUGCCAGCGAACGUCAAAGGCCUCUACAGUUUGUGGAGACCAGGUGACUGUACAGGCUUAUACCUCUCGCUCCGUCGCGCAAUUUUUCUCCGAUUUCCUUAGUGUGCCUUGCACACUGGCACGAUUUCCACCACAUUCCUCAACCAGAUAUGCUUCACCCCGGAAGCCCUCAGGCGCUUGGAAACAGUACCUGAGGAAGUUCGUGAUGCCUGGCUCUUUCCCUCAAGACCCUUCGCCGCCUCCUGCGGAGAAAAAUCCCAUUCUCCUGUCCAACGAGAGUCCGAUCCUCCUUAUAUCGCGCUCUUCUGUGAAUUACUUGAACGAGAACAUCAAAGCCAGUCAAAAGAAAAAUCAGACGGGGACAAGCAAAGCCGUAGCCGCUGACGUCUUCCGGGCCAAUAUCGUCGUCGCGGAGAGUCUCACAGACUCGCCCAAGGUGGAGCAGCCAUACAUCGAAGACCAGUGGGAGGCCCUCAAAAUUGGACCUGAAGAGCUUCGGUUCGAUGUACUUGGUUCCUGUCAACGAUGCUCGAUGGUCUGCAUUGACCAAUUUACCGGUGUCCGUCGCGACGAGCCCUUUUCGACGCUGGCAAAGACCAGGAAAAUCAACAACAAAAUUGUUUUUGGGAGACAUUGCUCUCUUUCUGCGUCAGAAGUUACGCAAGAGCAGCAUGAUAACGCGGAGCGCUGGACGCUGAUGGUUGGCGAUAUCGUUACUCCUUCGUAUGCGCAUGAUUACGACUUAUGAGAAUCAUCUGAUUGCCUAGUUUGGAUUUGGCGUUUGAUACCAGCGUCUCGUUUUGGUGACAUGUAUAUGAGACCACUCAAUCUUCUGAAUAUUAUUGCCACUUAUAUAAUAGUGCUUGCAUAGGCCAAGUUGUCGAGGCUGUCCAGUUCUGGAGUCUGAUUUUGAAGGGUUCAGUAUACAUACAGAGUAAUACUAUG